AUGGGAAUGAGGGGACAGGAGGGGCCCUGCGGUGGGAGGGACUGCUCCAUCUGCACGUGUUCUCCUGCCGAAGGUGCAAGGGGUAUCCCAGGCCCUCUGGGGGUCCCGGGUCCCCUGGGGCCUGUGGGGUUUCCCGGGCCUCAGGGGCCCCCUGGAGAGAAGGGCCAGCGAGGGGACGAGGCCCUGCCCAGCCCAGCAGGCCUUAAGGGAGACGUGGGAUCUGCAGGAGUUCCUGGCUAUCCUGGGCCUGAUGGCAUCCCUGGUCAUCCUGGAGCAGCUGGCGGGCCAGGGGUUCCAGGGGUUGAUGGGUGUAACGGGACUCGAGGAGAGAGAGGUCUCCCUGGGCCAGAAGGCGGCUCCGGGCUCCAGGGGCUCCAGGGAUACCCUGGUCCAAAGGGAGCUCGAGGAGACCUAGCAGUUCAGGUCCUACAAUACCCUGGACUACCUGGAGAUCCUGGAUCAGAUGGCCCUAACGGCCGCGCUGGUGAGCAGGGGUACCAAGGCUUCCCUGGCCGUUCAGGGCCCAAUGGACCAGACGGACAAGAUGGUCUGCCGGGACUUCCUGGGUUCAGAGGUCUGCCAGGAGAGAAGGGGAGGUCAUUGCCUGGGCAACAAGGAGAGGAGGGGAACCAGGGCCCCCAGGGUCCUCCGGGGCCCUUUGAGAUCGUUGAGCCUCCCUGGGAGCGCUACAUCAAGGGCAGCAAGGGCGUGGACUCUGAGCCGGGGGAGAAGGGGGAGAGGGGACCUGUUGGGCUCCCAGGACUAAGGGGGAUUGUGGGUAGUCCUGGUCUCCCUGGGUUGAUCGGGACUGACGGCUCUAAGGUAAGGGAUUUCUACAUUAAAGACGGGAACGUGGGAGACCCAGGGGCCCUGGGCCAGCGGGGGCCCACGGGAGAGAGGGGGUUCAUGGGGAUGCACGGCCCUCGAGGUGCAGCCGGGGAAUCAGUAGCCGGACCUCCAGGAACCUGGGGGGAGAAAGGCGAGCCAGGGAAACUGUUACCCAGCCACCCCAUUCCAGGCGAACCUGGAAAGAAGGGUCCCGAGGGGCCAGAAGGCCCCAAGGGCCUGGAAGGAGCUCCAGGGCGCUACUGUCUAACUGGGCCUCCAGGGGAGACCGGAGAGCAAGGUCAACAGGGACCUCCAGGGGGGAGGGGCUUCCCGGGGAUUAAAGGGAGUGAUGGAGACUGUUCCUGUGGUCCUCCCACUGAGGUCAAAGGAUUGCCAGGUGCAGCAGGAGUGGCUGGGUUGCCAGGGUUACCCGGAUCUCAAGGGCCUCAAGGACCAAGAGGAGACCCUGGUUACCACGGAGACGAGGGUGGAGUGGGUUUCGAGGGACUCUGGGGUUUCCCAGGGGUCAGAGGGGUCAAAGGUCAGAAAGGAGUGCUCUACCUGAUGGACAUAAAAGGCCAGAAGGGGGUGCAAGGAAGCUUGGGGAGCCCCGGUCAGCCUGGCUUCAUGGGGAGGAGAGGGGAAGACGGGCCCCCAGGGGCCCCGGGAGACACCGGCCCUGAGGGCGAUGUUGUAGCUGGCCCUCCAGGGGAGAGGGGCGACCCGGGCCUCCAGGGAGCCAGGGGCCUCCCAGGGGGGCUGGGGCCCGCCGGCCAGGACGUCCUCGGAGCCAUGGGGCGACGCGGGGCCCAUGGAGAAGUGGGACCCCCGGGACCCAGGGGCCAGCCGGGCCCCGCGGGGGUCAGGGGGGUCAUGCUGCCGUGUGUACCCAGUCACCCCGGGCCCCCAGGGGAGAAGGGAGAGACCGGAGACUCAGGGGUUUGGGGGAUCCCGGGGCCUCCAGGACCCAGGGGCCACAUGGGGCCUGAUGGGCUGAGAGGAGACCCAGGGGACGCGGGCCUCCGAGGACUCCAAGGACCGCAAGGAGUGUCUGGGUGCGUUGGAGAUUCUGGCCAUGAAGGAUCUGAGGGAAUCACUUAUGAAGGAACGCCAGGUGUUCCAGGUGUUCCAGGUGUCCCAGGGCUGCAGGGACCCAGCGGAGAUCCUGUCUUGGGCCCCCCGGGACCGCUGGGAUUCCCAGGACAAUCAGGCCCCCAGGGACCCAAGGGAGUGCCUGGUCCCCCUGGUACCCCCGGGCUAACAGGACUUGAGGGGCCCGCCGGAGAGUCUGGUUUCCGGGGCUCCAGAGGAGAGGACGGGGCCCCAGGAACAGUGGGGCCCCCCGGCCCUCCGGCUGAAGCAUGCAGUUCAGGAGCGAGAGGGCAGCAGGGCCUGCGUGGCCCCCCUGGACCCAGUGGACCCCCAGGCUUCAUGGGGGAAAAGGGAAAGGUUGGGCCGGAAGGAAGGCCAGGCAUUGGCCCCCAGGGGCCAAAGGGUAAGCCAGGUUCCCCGGGCUUUCAGGGAUACCGGGGACCAGAGGGCGCUUCGGGCCCCCCCGGUGAGCCUGCGGAGGCAGGAGUCACCGGACAGAGAGGAGGUCGUGGGGCCCCGGGGCCAGAGGGAGCAGUGGUCGCUGUCCCGAUUAGAGGGGAGUACGGCCCUACAGGGGCCCCUGGGCUGGCUGGCUUCACAGGACAACGAGGGAUCAAGGGCCUCCAGGGAAACAGGGGCCUACCAGGGUAUCCAGGCUUUGAUGGGCCCCCAGGAGUAGAGAAAGGCAUCAGAGGGCCUCCAGGGGCCCCUGGGAGACAGGGGCCACCAGGAACCCCUGGCUCUCCAGGACGCAUGGGCUUCAUUGGUUUCCCUGGAGAAGCUGGUGAUCUGGCCACCCUGGAGGACAGGGAGACCCUGGAGAGACAGGUGAACCAGGGCCCCCAGGAGGCCCGGGCUCUACCGGAGGACCGGGUCACCAGGGGCCGGUCGGUCCAGCGGGGUCCCAGUGGGGGUCCUGGGUGUGAAGGGUUUCCUGGGGAGGACGGUCGCCCGGGAGAGAAAGGAGACGAUGGAGAGACAGGACUCCGAGGUCCUCCUGGUCCGCUCGGUCUUCACGGUUUGGACGGACUGAAGGGAGUGAAGGGAGACCCUGGAGCUAGAGGUCCAGCCUUGCCUGGGGUCCCGGGUUCUCCAGGCCUUCCAGGUGAUAAGGGACCCAGAGGCAGUCCGGGCGCCUGGGGGCCCUCUCAGCCUGGACGCCCCGGGCCCCGGGGCCAGACUGGCCUCACAGGUAAAGGACCCCCAGGUCUUUGUGGAGCUGCAGGUGUACCAGGAGCAGCCUGUGACAAGCCGAUUGCUGGUUGCUAUGGAGAUACAGGAUACCCAGGACCUGACGGAGACCAAGGGGGGCCUGGGGCCCCCGGUGGCAUGGGGCUCCCCGGACACCAGGGCUCUCGAGGGAACUGUGGGCCCCCAGGGGCCGCUGGAGACGCUGGGCCCCCGGGCUCCACAGGUCCCAAAGGGGAGCGAGGCAGAGUGAUCCCUCCUCCCCAAGUCUUCCCACCCAGGGGUCCCGCAGGUCACCCGGGGGUCCCGGGCCAGACAGGUUCUCCUGGCCCCCCCGGAACCACAGGCCUCAAGGGGCCCCGAGGUCAAACUGGUCCUGCAGGUAACCCUGGUAACCCUGGACCUAUCACAGCCUUCAGAGCUGGCUUCCUGUUGGUGAUGCACAGCCAAUCAGAAGCCAUCCCCUCGUGUCCUGACGACAUGGCAGCUCUGUGGGUGGGGUUCAGUCUGCUGUACUUGGAGGGCCAGGAGAAAGCUCACGCUCAGGACCUGGGUCAGGCGGGCUCGUGUGUGCGUCUCUUCUCCACCAUGCCCUUCUCCUACUGCAACAUGGGCUCCUGUCACUACGCCAGCCGCAACGACAAGUCCUACUGGCUGUCCACCACCGCCGCCGUGCCCAGCAUGCCCUUUGAGGGCAGUGACAUCAGAGCGCACAUCAGCCGCUGUGUGGUGUGUGAGGCGGCGUCGCCCGCGGUGACCGUGCACAGCCAAGACCCCGCCCCCCCAAAGUGCCCUCCGCACUGGAGGAACCUCUGGGUGGGGUACUCCUUCCUCAUGCACACGGGGGCGGGGGACGAGGGCGGCGGCCAGUCCCUGACCUCCUCAGGAAGCUGCCUCCAGGACUUCCGGGCCCAGCCCUACGUGGAGUGCCAGGGCCCCCGAGGGACCUGCCACUACUUCACUAACAUCUACAGCUUCUGGCUGACCAGCACGGCCCCGCGGGCCUCCUCCCCGCCCGCGCAGACGGAGCCCAUGGUGCUGCUGCAGCCCUGGCAGCAGAGAGCCACCGCAGGCCGCUGCAGCGUCUGCAUGAAAGACUGA